AUGGCGGCGAGCGGCGGGCAGCGGGCCGCGCCCCCGGGGGAGCCGGCGGGGCCCGAGGAGCCGCGGCCGGAGCCCCCGGAGGAGCCGCCGGGAACGGGGGAGCCGCAGCCGGAGGAGCCGCGGCCGGAGCCGCCGGGAACGGGGGAGCCGCAGCCGGAGGAGCCGCGGCCGGAGCCGCCGGGAACGGGGGAGCCACGGCCGGAGCCCCCGGGGGAGCCGCGGCCGGAGCCCCCGGGGGAGCCGGCGGGGCCCGAGGAGCCGCGGCCGGCGGGAGCGGAGGACGUGGGGCCGGAGGCGGCGCCCGUGGAGCCGGCGGGGGGCAGCGAGGAGGAGGAGGCGGAGGACGAGGAGGACGAGGACGAGGCGGAGGACGAGGAGGACCCGGAGGAGCGGGCGGCGCUGCUGGAGGAGCAGCGCGGGCUGGCGAGCGAGCGGGAGCGGCUGCGGCAGGCCAGCUGCCGCCUGCAGCUGCGGCUGGGCCAGCUGCUGCGGCUGCGGAAGGGCGAGGAGCCGCGGCGGGCGGCGGCGGCGGGCGGCGAGCAGCGCUACGCCGAGCGGCUGCGGGAGCUGCGGGCGCUGCGGGAGCGGCAGCGGGAGGCGGCCGCGGGCUGCCAGCGGCGGCUGUCGGCGCGGCGGCGCGGCUGCGGCGAGCGGCGCGCCCGCGCGGCGGCCGCCUGGGCGGCGCUGCAGGCCCGCGAGCGCGAGGCGGCCGCGCGCGCGCUGGGGCGGCGCGGCGGCGGGCGCGCGGGGCGCCGCAAGGAGGAGGAAGUGAGCGAGGCCCGCGUGGAAAACAUCAAGCUGAAGCACGAAAUCGAGAAGCUGGAAGCGGUCCUGAAAGCCCGGGGCGAGGGGGCAGAGGGAGUGCGUUUCAUAGACUUCGAGCAGCUGAAGAAGGAGAACCAGAAAUACAGCGAUAAGAUUGACGACCUCAGUGAGGAACUGCUGAAGCUGCAAAAGAAGAUCUCGAACACAGUGCAAAUUCUCAGCCAGUUCAAGGAGAAGCUGCAGUUUGUGGAAGCAGAGAACCAAGCGAGAAAGGCUGAACUGAUGGACAUCGAGGCCAUCCUGUCCCAGAAGAGAGACAUCCUGACCAAAACGAAGCAGACCAGAGACAGGCUGCGGCUAAACAACUUGGAGCUGCAGCAGAAGUGUGGGCUGCUCGGAAAUGAGACUUUGCUUCGGGACUUUGAGGAGAAGGUGGACGCUGCAAAGUUCUUAAGUCAACGAUUAGAAAUCCUGAAACGUCACCAUGCUGGUCUGAUCCUUACCUGCAAGGGGAUUAAGAAAAAAAUAAAGGAAGCAAAGUCCUUUUUACCUUGCUGAGACUGACUGAGGAAAACAAAGCAUGAAAGAGAGAAACC